GCUCAAACAGUUACAACCAACAAUCCAACAAUGAAAUCUAUAGCAAUUACAGUGCUGGCAGCUAGCCUUUUGGUGGUGCUGGUAGCAGCCUACCCACAAAGGCUUGGUCACGACGGAGCUCUUGAACAGCAGAGGCCACCACAGGAAGGAGGCGAGAACCAGCGGCCAGUAGGCCCUCCAAGCAGUGAUGAGGAUUCGAAUGAACGCACAGACAAGCGACCAGGCCAUGGUCAGCGUCCUCCUCAGGACCAGGAUCAGCGUCCACCGCAGGGACAACGACCUCCUCACGACCACGAACAGCGUCCACCACACGGACAGCGUCCACCACAUGGACAUCGCCCCACACCACCGCCGCUGGAGGAUAGCACCACACUUGAACCUGAAGAUUCCACCACAGCUGAGCCUGAGAACUCCACGACCUUGGCGCCUGAGGAAAAUACUACACUAUAGAACACUAAAUAUUCUCCAAUAUAUGAAAAUAUUUCUUAUUGAAUACUUUAUUAAAUGAAUCACAAUUUGUUAUUCAA